AUGUGCAAAAUUGCGCCCCGCAAAUUAACCGAAUCCCUCUCGAGUCCGGCCGUCCCCCUUUGCACGCCGAACCCACCAAAACCCGCACGCAGAGAUGGCGGACGUCAGCGGCGGCGCGGGGGGCCGGCGGCCGCUGGGGCUUCUGGCGAACGCUGCGAAGCGCAAGGACGGGUUCGUGCAGCUGUUGCUGAUGGCGGGCGUCUUCAUGAUGAGCCUGCGGUCCCUGGGCCAGAAGCACCGCCUCCGCGACCUCGCCGACGACGCCGCCGACCUCCGCCGCGAGCGCGACCACCUCUCUCUCCGCAUGCGGGACCUCCAGGACGCGCUACGCCGCGAGGCCGACGCGGACGCGUCGGGCGCCCUCGCCGCCCACCUCCGCCGAAUCUUCGCCGCCCACCCCGCCGCCGCCGCCGCGGAGGACCAGUAGAUGGAUCGCCGGAGGAAUCUUCUCCUCGUUUUGGUUCACUGAUGAUGCGCUCGCCUGUUUAGCCGUGACAUCUUUGCAUGUGGGCGGUGUGGCCUGUUGCCGCAGCCUGGCGAGCCAUGGUCGUGCACGCGAUGUGUUUGUGGAAAUGCCGCAGAGGCUGCCGGAUUGCAGCGCGCUUGCAAAAAAAAAAUGUUAUUACCUGGAGCCACUACUCGUUUGAGACUUAAAUAAAAUACUUCUUCCUGAUUUUAUUGAUCA